ACUAGAAACAUCUUUCUCUUGCUGGCGCUGAGUGUGGGUGUCUGGUGCUAGUGUGGUGGAUGCUUGGAUGGUGGUGGUGCCUUAUUUUCUCUCUCCUCUCUCCCCUUACAAUAUACGUCUCUCUCUGUCUCUCUGGUCCUUACGUCUCAUCCCAGCUAAUCACCCUCGGGCUCAAACAAUAUUGAAGAGAGAGAGAGAGAGAGAGUAAUAAACCAAACCGUCUGAGCUCUGAGGAAUACAAGAUGACAGACAGAAUCUACCCUUCUUCGAAGCCAAACUCCAACCCUCCACAAACACUCAAUGUAAACGGCAACCCAUCUUUCCCCGCCACCAAAGCCCAACUCUACGGCGCCACCCGCCCUGCUUACCGGCCUCAGCCCCCCCGGUCCCGCCGACACCGCCGUAGCUGCUGCUGUCUCUGCUGCCUCUGGAGUACGCUCCUCAUCAUCGCUCUUGUCUUCCUCGCCGCUAUUGCCGCCGGAGUUCUCUAUCUUCUCUAUCACCCUCAGCGCCCCACUUUCUCUGUCUCCACGCUGAGGAUCUCCCGGUUCAACGUCACCACCACUAAGGACUCCACUACACACCUCAAUUCUCAGCUCGAUCUCGCGAUCUCAGCUCGAAACCCCAACAAGAAUAUAGUCUUCUUCUACGAUCCCAUCACCGUGACCGUGAACUCCAACGGCGUGCAUAUAGGAAACGGAUCGUUCCCGUCCUUCACUCAUGGCACCAAGAACACCACUAAGCUGACGGCUUCGAUCUCGAGUGGCGGUGGAGAUCUGGACGCCGAGUCCAUUAAUUCUCUCAAGUCAGAUCUGAAGAGGAAGAACGGGUUACCUUUGGAGAUUCAGAUGGACACGAAGGUGAAGGUGAAGAUGGGGAGUCUCAAGACUAAGAAGGUUGGGAUUAGGGUCAUAUGCGACGGGAUUGAUGUCCCCGUUCCUAAAGGCAAGACUCCGUCCUCUGUGUCUCCGUCGUCUAAUCCGAAAUGUAAGGUCGAUCUUCGGUUCAAGAUCUGGAAAUGGAGUUUCUGAGUAUACUCUUGGUUUCAUUCUUCUUCUUUAUUUUCUUUUUCCUCUUUACUUAAUUGUUUAGUUUCUCUGUUAAAUUCGAACCCAAGUGAUUUUCAUUCUAAAUUUCAACUAUGUUGGUUUGUAAAUGGAGAGUUUGUGGGAUGAAUUUGUUAGGAAAUUAGGACUUAGAAAGAGCGAGAAGAAAAAGAAAAGAAAGAUUAAUAUAUGAAUAUUACUAGAAAAUUUUAUUUCUUCAUUUCUUUGGGAUGUUCUAACUGUAAAAGUGCCUUGUGAUUCCUGAAAAAUUUCAAUUACAGUGAACACUCUUUUUUGUUUUAA